CCGUCUGUACGCAUAACAUAUCUUUGUCGACCAAAACCCACUUCUCCGCCCCAUGCUCCCAACUCACUUAUAUUUUUAACCUCUUUUAGUCAUCUCAUAAUAUAAAUCUACUCCAGCAAACAGCGCCACAGCCGCCGCCGUAUCCUCCGCCUAUUUGUCAAAAGAGAUGGAGCAAAAACUGACAGUUGAGAUAGACCAAAUGCCUCCACGCGGAGCUCACCACAGGCGGGCCCACUCCGACACAACUUUCCGUUUCGACGAUCUUCUCCUCUUCGACCCUUCCGACCUCGAUCUUACCUCCCUAGACCUCCCGGCUUCCUCCUCCAAUCCCGCUCCGCCACCUGUAAUCCCCGUCCCCGCCGAUUCCUCCGACGACUCCUCAUCCAACGGCCCUCCUCGCUCCUCCCACAGUAAUCCUAGGCAUAUCUCUUCCCACCUCCGUAGCCUUUCUGUUGACUCUGAUUUCUUCGACGGACUUGGGUUGACUGGCCCCGCGAUUUCCGGAGGAGCUGGAGAUGAGAAAUUUGGCGGGAAAGGAGGGGUGGGAGAGAAAAGGGUUCAUCAUAGACAUAGUAAUUCGAUGGAUGGGUCGACUACGGCGUCGUUUGAGAUUGAGUCUUUGAUGGCCGUUGACGGUAUUAAGAAGGCCAUGGCUCCUGAUAGACUUGCUGAGCUUGCCCUUAUUGAUCCCAAGAGAGCUAAAAGGAUUCUGGCUAACAGGCAAUCGGCUGCGCGUUCAAAGGAGAGGAAGAUUCGAUACACGAAUGAGCUGGAGAGGAAAGUGCAGACUCUUCAGACAGAAGCUACCAAUCUCUCCGCGCAGGUCACAAUGUUGCAGAGAGAUACUACUGGGUUGACUGCUGAGAAUAAGGAACUCAAACUACGGCUUCAGGCUAUGGAGCAACAAGCACAGCUUAGAGAUGCUUUGAAUGAUGCAUUGAGGGAAGAAGUGCAACGACUUAAGAUACAAGCUGGUCAAAUGUCAGCUAUGAAUGGAAACCCUUUCAAUAGAGGACUACCUCCUCAAUUUUUACCCCACCAAGCUGCCCCACAUCACUUUAGUGGCCAUCAAACCACACAGCAGCAACAGCAGCAGAUGCCUCAGUCAUCCACCAACAACCAAACUCUUAAUGGACAGCCUCAACCUCGCUUCAUGGACUUUAACCAGCGGGGUUAGUUUCUUGUUGGAAGCUAAUACUUGGAAAACCUAAGGAAAUGCAUUCAAGGUAGCAUCUUGUACAUAGACAUAUGUAUAUGCCUUGCAGGUUAAGGUUGUGAAGAGUGUUGCUCCAAUCAGUCCCUUGGUAUCAGUUUCACAUAUGGCUUUUAUCACCCAAUAGAGUAGAAAUGAAUUUAAAUGUGUUGUGUAGAGAGAUUAGGUCCUAAUUCUAUUGCAUAAUUGAUGGCUAGAUGAUGUUGUAACCAAUCUUUAUAUUUAUAGAAUAAUUAUCCUCUGGAGAUGGUGUAUGACUGGAUGUAUGAGUAUGAAUAUGUUUUCCAAGGGAAGGAUUUCCCAA